UAGCCAUCUCUAACGAUUAGAAGACAAUUUUCUGAACUUCGCUUGUUAUGUUAAGUUUGUUUAAACGUUUCGGUGUGGUCUUUUGCUGGCGUGCUGUCGAACUCAAACAUGCUAAAGUUUCUUCGCGACGAGACGACACGCGGAAAACACUCUUAAUCUGGCCAUCGUGCUUUUAAACGGCCUGAAAUCAAGUUACUCAUGUGAGAAGAAAAGCAGAAGAAACGGUCUAAGAAAUUAGUUUUCUUGAGGAGAGAGAAAAGCUAUAAACUAAAAUGAGUGUGUUUGAGGAGCAGGAGGCUCAUGUUGUCCCUCAGAGAUCAGCAUCUCCAGACUUCAGCCAUGUAUCUCUGAGGAGUAAUGACUCGAUGAUUAUUCCUCCUGCUCUCAGUGAUGGAGCUACUGGAAUCUCUGAAUAUGGUAAGUGGAGAAAGAGAGCAGCAUCUCCAGACUUCAGCCGUGUAUCUCUGAGGAGUAACGCCUCCAUGAUUAUUCCUCCUUAUCUCAGUGAUGGAGCUGCUGGGAACUCUGAGUCUAGAUGGAGAAUGAAAGAGUAUCCUUUUGACCCUCAGAGAUCAGCAUCUCCAGUGUUCAGCCAUGUAUCUCUGAGGAGUAAUGACUCGAUGAUUAUUCCUCCUGCUCUCAGUGAUGGAGCUGCUGUGAGCUCUGAUUUUGGAUGGAGGAUGAAAGCUAAUCUUUUUGACCCUCAGAGAUCAGCAUCUCCAGACUUCAGCUGUUUAUCUCUGAGGAGUAAUGACUCGAUGAUUAUUCCUCCUGCUCUCAGUGAUGGAGCUGCUGUGAGCUCUGAUUUUGGUAAGUGGAGAAAGAGAUCGGCAUCUCCAGUGUUCAGCUGUGUGUCUCUGAGGAGUAAUGACUCCAUGAUUAUUCCUCCUGCUCUCAGUGAUGGAGCUGCAGUGAGCUUUGAAUCUGGUAAGUGGAGAAAGAGAGCAGCAUCUCCAGACUUCAGCCAUGUAUCUCUAAGGAGUAACGCCUCCAUGAUUAUUCCUCCUGAUCUCAGUGAUGGAGCUGCUGGGAACUCUGAGUCUGGAUGGAGUAAAAAUGGGGCUUCUGUUGACCCUCAGAGAUCAGCAUCUCCAGUGUUCAGCCAUGUAUCUCUGAGGAGUAAUGACUCGAUGAUUAUUCCUCCUGCUCUCAGCGAUGGCGCUGCUGAGUCUGGAUCAUUUUACAGUCAGAAACACACCAUUUGUUAUAAAACAGAAGCAGACCUGCAGAUCAAUUCUCCCAUACCAGUGCAGAGAGUCAAAGAGCAGCACAAAACCAUCAUGAAGAUCAAGUACGAGAGCUUAUUUGAGGGAGUGAAACUCCAGCAGAAUCAAACCCUCCUGAACAGCAUUUACACACAGCUGUACAUCAUAGAGGGAGAGAGUGAAGGAGUGAAUGAAGAACAUGAGGUGCUGCAGAUGGAGAAGAGAUACAAGACUCUCCAAGACACUCUAAUCAACUGCAAUGACAUCUUUAACCCUUCAGCUGAAGCAGGAGAUGAGGAGAAGAGCAGAGAGGAGAAAGAGCAGAUCAAGACUGUUCUCACUAAAGGCAUCGCUGGAAUUGGAAAAACCGUCUCUGUGCAGAAGUUCAUUCUGGACUGGGCCGAGGGAAAAGCCAAUCAGGAUGUAGAUUUCAUCUUUGUGUUUCCAUUCAGAGAGCUGAACUUGAUUAAAGAUCAUCAGUACAGUCUUCACACACUUCUGCUGGACUUUCAUCCUGAACUUCAGCAUCUGGACUCACAGAUUUAUGAGGAGUGUAAAGUUGUGUUCAUCUUUGAUGGUCUGGAUGAAAGCAGAAUCACACUGAUGUUUUCAGCCUGUCAGAAAGUUUCUGAUGUGACUGAAGCUUCAUCAGUGAGUGUGUUGAUGUCCAACCUCAUGAAAGGAGAUCUGCUUCCCUCUGCUCUCAUCUGGAUCACCAGCAGACCAGCAGCAGCCAAUCAGAUCCCCUCAAAACACAUCAGCCUCGUGACGGAGAUUCAGGGCUUCAAUGACCCUCAGAAGGAGGAAUAUUUCAGGAAGAGAAUCAGAGAUGAAGAUCAAGCCAGCAGAAUCAUCUCCCACAUCAGAAGAGCAAGAAGCCUCCACAUCAUGUGCCACAUACCCGUCUUCUGCUGGAUCUCAGCCACUGUGCUUCAGAGCAUCCUGAAACAAGAUCUGAGUGCAGAAAUCCCUCAAACUCUGACUGAGAUGUACAUCCACUUCCUCCUCAUUCAGACACACAUGAGGAAGCAGAAGUAUGAAGAGAGAGAUCCAGAGAAACUCCUGCAGUCCAACAGAGACGUGAUUGUGAAACUUGCUGAACUGGCUUUCAAUCAGCUGAUGAAGGGCAAUGUGAUGUUCUACGAGGAGGACCUGAUUGAGAGCGGGAUAGACGUCGCUGACGCCUCAGUGUAUUCUGGGAUCUGCACUGAGAUCUUCAGAGAGGAAUCUGUGAUUUAUCAGAGGAAGGUUUACAGCUUUGUUCAUCUGAGCUUUCAGGAGUGUUUUGCAGCACUGUAUGUGUUUUACUGCUAUUUACACAACAACACUGAGGUGAUGAAGAUGUUCCUCACAGGAAAACACAGCACUCAGAGUGAGAAAGUUCCUCUGGAUGUGCUUCUGAAAGGAGCGAUGAAUAAAGCCUUGGAGAGUAAAACUGGACACCUGGAUCUGUUCCUGCGAUUUCUUCAUGGAGUCUCACUGGAGUCCAAUCAGAGACUCUUACAGGAUCUGCUGAAACACACAGAGAACGACCCAGAGAGCAUCAAGAAAAUAAUCCACAACCUCAAACGAGGACAAAAAGACAAAAUCAGUCCUGAAAGAUGGAUGAAUCUCUCACACUGCUUGAUUGAGAUGAAGGAUAAUUCUCUUGUUGAAGAAGUGCAAUCAUUAUUAAAAUCUAAAUCAAAGAGUAAAAGUCUUUCUCUUGCUCAGUGCUCAACUCUGGCAAACAUGCUCCUGAUGUCAGAGGAGGUGCUGGAUGAGUUUGACCUUAAAAAGUACAACAUCAAGUCUAAAGAUGGCAGAAGGAGGCUGGUGCCCGCUGUGAGGAACUGUAGAAAAGCUCUACUGUCAGGUUGUAAUCUCACUGAUCAGCACUGUGAAGUCGUGUCUUCAGCUCUACAAUCCUCAAACUCCCCCCUGAGAGAGCUGGACCUGAGUAACAAUGAGCUGCAGGUUUCAGGAGUGAAGCUGAUCUGUGCUGGACUGAAGAGUAUAAACUGUCAACUCAACACACUGAGAUUGUCACGCUGUAGUCUUACUGAUAAGUGCUGUGAAAUUAUGGCUUCAGCUCUACAAUCAUCAAACUCCCCCCUGAGAGAGCUGGACCUGAGUAACAAUAAGCUGCAGGUUUCAGGAGUGAAGCUGAUCUGUGCUGCACUGAAGAGUCUAAACUGUCGACUCAACACACUGAGAUUGUCAUGCUGUAGUCUUACUGAUCAGCACAGUGAAGUUCUGUCUUCAGCUCUACAAUCAUCAGACUCCCCCCUGAGAGAGCUGGACCUGAGUAACAAUGAGCUGCAGGAUUCAGGAGUGAAGCUGAUCUGUGCUGGACUGAGUAGUCCAAACUGUCGACUCGACACACUGAGAUUGGCAGGCUGUAAUCUCACUGAUCAGUGCUGUAAAGUUCUGUCUUCAGCUCUACAAUCAUCAAACUCCCCCCUGAGAGAGCUGGACCUGAGUAACAAUGAGCUGCAGGAUUCAGGAGUGAAGCUGAUCUGUGCUGGACUGAAGAGUCUAAACUGUCGACUCAACACUCUGAGAUUGUCUUACUGUAUGGUGACAGAGGAAGGUUGUGCGGCUCUGGCUUCAGCUCUGAGCUCAAACCCGUCACACCUGAGAGAGCUGGAUCUGAGCUACAAUCACCCAGGAGAAGCAGGACUCAAACUGCUCUCUGACAAACUCCAACACCUCCACAAACUCAAUGUGGAUCAUGGAGGAGACCUCAGGAUUAAAUCAGGACCAGAGAAAUACGCCUGUGAACUCACACUGGAUCCAAACACAGCACACACACUCCUCGCUCUGUCUGAGGAGAACAGAAAGGUGACGAGUGUGGAGGAGAGACAGUCUUAUCCUCAUCAUCCAGACAGAUUUGAUGGGUUUAAUCCUCAGGUUGUGUGUAAAGAGAGUCUGACUGGACGCUGUUACUGGGAGGCUCAAUGGAGCGGAAAUGGAGCUGCAAUAUCAGUGUGUUAUAAAGGAAUCAAGAGGAAAGGAGGGAGUGAUGACUGUGUGUUUGGAGAUAAUGAUCAGUCCUGGAGUCUUGAUUGCUCUGAUCACUCAUUCUCUGUCCGUCACAAUAAGAAACGCACACACAUCUUAGCUCCUCCAGACUCCAGCAGGACAGUAGGAGUGUUUGUGGACGAGUCGAGCGGCUCUCUGUCCUUCUACAGCGUCUCUGACACACACAAACUCACACACUUACACACAUUCAACACCACAUUCACUCACACACUCUACGCUGGAUUUAGACUUCAUUAUUCAGGCUCUUCAGUGUCUCUGUGUCACAUUAAAUAACACACACGCACGCACACACACACACACACACAGAUUACAUUACAUAGAUUUCCAUUGUUUUUAUACUGUGCAAACUGUAUUUUCUGUUGCCCUAACACAACUCUAUCCCUCAACACAACCCUCACAGGGGAAAACUCUGUAUGAUUUAAAAGCUUUUUGAGAAAUAAGGACCAUCAGGAAUGUCUGAUAGCUAAAUAUCGAAACUCUGCAAA